AUGUUCAACACUUCUAUGACUCCGCCCCGAAACGAUGAAGAACAACACGUACGGGGGCACAAGUAUGGGAACGCCUCUGCCAGUGGCAAUGCUCGCAGCGUGUUUGGAGAUCUCAAUCUCAAUGUCAAUCAUUCGAAUGUGCAUUUGUUGGGUUCGGAAGGUCCUGAAGACUAUCGGAAUCUGCUAAAUGAACUUGGCACUUCUCAUCCAGAGGACGUCCGCGCCUCAAUCCUUCGGGUGAAAGGCGAUCUUGUCGAGGAAUCUUGUCGAUGGAUUGAUUCGGCCUUCCAAGAAUUUUGCAGAAGCUCGAGGUUUCAAUGUCUCUGGGUCUAUGGCAAACCUGGAAAAGGCAAAACAAUGGACCUUGUUUACCUGACGUUGCGGCUGCGAUCGCUUGUGCCUCUUGAUUCACAUUCCUUUGUUGGAUACUUUUUCUGCGAUAGCCAGGUUCCGGAACAAAGAUCGACAGCCUCAUUCCUUAAAUCCUGCAUUAAGCAACUCCUGCGUCACGAAUUCCAGGACCAGACUAUUCAUCACACAAUGAAAGGUCUUAGCAUGCAUGAAUACGCCUAUGAUGGACGAACUAUGUUUACCUCGCGAUUUGUCGAAGAAACUCUAUUGCGCAUGCUCCGGAAACUGCUUUCUAAGGUUCCGGGAAAUGGCUAUUUUUUACUUGAUGCUGUGGAUGAGUUUGAGGAUCAAGCGUCCAUAUACGACGUCCUGCGGAAGCUGACUACAGACCCUGCUUGCUCGAGGGUGAAAUGGAUCUGCACUAGCCGGUCACCACCAGUCUUGCCAACAACCGUGAGGAUCGAAGCACUUGCAAUCGAUCUUGAAGACACGAAACAUAAAGAGUACAUCUCAGCUGGAGUGAAGACUUUUAUCCGAUAUAAAGUGGAUGCCUUGUUCCCCUCAGCUGUUCAGACCGCCCUUCCAGAAUCCGCAUUAUCGAAACAGCAAGCAAGAGAGCGGGCUGCAACAGUCAGUUUUCUUGUUGAGAGAGCGGAAGACUCCUUUCUGUGGGUCGCUCAUGCCAUUCGGAAGCUCAAGCAGCGACCUCUCAACCAGAGUAUUCUGGAUGACUCAGAAUUAGGUCGACCCGAUUCGCAGUAUUCUCGAAUCUUGCAACAGAUUUUGGGUCCAUCAUCCUUUGCCAGCAGAGACAAGCCAGUACAAACUGAUGGUGAUCUUCGUGGUUUUGAGCCUCUCAGAUUGAUGCUGUCGAUUCUAUGUGUAACGUACAGACCUCUCACUUUAGACGAGCUUGAUACUGUCUUGGACCAUGCGUUGCCUACGCCGUCAAGACUUGACAGUAGAAUAGGUCUAAAAUAUCAUCGACGGCCAUUGGCAGACGACUUAUUGCAACAAUGCAACUGGCUGCUAGAAGUCCGCGACGGUGUUGUGCGUUUCGUGCACCUGACGGCGAAGGACUAUUUGAUGGACAUGGCUAACACGGAUUUCGAGUUCGACAAGUCCCGCGGACAUACCUCACUUACGCUGGCCUCUCUUUCGGUCCUUUGUAAGCGCUCCAAGAGGAGGAUGACUCGAACGGCGCCUCUCGGUGGCGCUGCUCAUGGCUUCAUCGACGAGCACGCAGCCUCAAAUGCCGGCUUUGACAGCUAUGCUCGCGAGUUCUGGGUUCGACACUUCCGCGAGCUAGACACUUGCGAAGACGAGACCAAAACUGCAGUCGAGGAAUUCUUGACUUCAAAGGAAGGUGAGGCGUGGUUCGAGUAUCUUCGAGUCAAAACCGAUCUCGCUGCAUAUCCCCUAGUAAUGUCACCGGGCGACGAGUUCGGGAAUCACCCGCCAUCUUUAUUACUACGAAGUCAGCACCAGCUUGAAGACAAAUGUGCGACACUUGGCCUAUGGACAUUCUUGCACGUACAUUGGAAGGCAACGUCCCGGUUCCCAGACGCACAGCGCCUGAGCACUCUCGUAUCACUGGCUGCAGCAAACGGUCAUCUUGGAGUCGUCCAGUUGAUCUUCUCACGAGCUGAAAAGGCUCAGAGGCUGAAUCAAGGUGGAAGCAACGAAGUGUUACACGACCUGCGGACACGCGCUAUCUACGCCAGCGUACUAAAUGGCCACACGGACAUCCUCCGCUAUACCUUAGGCACGGCCCAAGAUGAGUUUGCUAUACCUUUAGUAUAUGCCCUACUUGUUGCUCAGCGGGGUUAUGCAGAGACUCUAGACACUCUUUACGGCGCGAAGCUGAUUGGGGUCGAUCAAGACAGGUCAUUUGGGACAGAGUGGUCCGAUACCAUAAAAGUCGUAAGGCGAGCGGGUGCCAAGAAGGAAUUCGGAUGGGUAUACACCGACGUCAGCCGGGAGAGAGGAGCGCAGCUCCAGUUUUCGUUCCCAGCAAUUCAACAGGGUGCAUCUGAGCCAACUCCAAACAGUGUGAAUGGCAAGCCAUCUUACACUUUGUAUACCUCUGGUCAGGAGAGUGCGCCGGAAUGGGUGAUUAACAACCUGACGCUACAAUUCGGGGCAGGCAAUAUUGUGGACGGGGUGUCAACCUCGCGUAAGGCAACUGUGUUCAGCUUGGUUGAUUCAAUUGACGCAGUUGUUACACCCGGGCCGGGUUUAUCGUCUCGACUAACAGACAAGUGGGAGCUACGAGCAGGAACCAAAAAGGCCCGUGUUUUUGAUCAUGAAAGGAAGCCUUACUUGGAUGUCACUGAAGUCGUCGGUUGGUAUGAACCUGCGAUUCUCCAAGAUCUGAUAUGUGGGACGCAACACAGCAAGUGGUCCCCGGAAGACUUUGACGCCAUCCGCCGAGGUGUCUGGCACUCUAUACCUGUGAAAGUCCAACUAGCUGGCCGCUUCAAAAGUCCGCUGCAGGUUGCUGUCGAGGCGGGCCAUUCAGAAGUUGCGCAAGUACUCUUCAAAGCAGGCUUGGAUCGCUCCUCGAAGAAUGUACAAGCCUGUUUCCGUAUUGCCAUUGAGGCCGAAAACUAUGACCUUGUCGAGACCUUUCUUGAAGCCGGCGUCGACCCGGAGCUAAAAUUCCUGGAUCUGGAUCUGGAUCUAGAGAAGGCGCAGGAGUAUCUUUGCGGCUAUCAUAGCAGGUCCAGAUACGCCCUUGGCAAAUAUCUUUUAAAGACACUCGAACCAUACAGAGCGGGACUGAGCGUUCUGUACGUCGCGGCAUUAAAGGGACAUCACUGGAUAGUCAGGUUACUUUUGCGAUAUUGUACUCCAUUGAAGUCAAAACGGAUCUGGAAUCUCGCCGUCAAAGCCUCCCACCUUCCAACGCUGAAGUCGAACACACCGUAUAAAAGGAAUGCGGCGGUAAUCUUGUGCUUUGAGCUCAUUUCGAACACCUUCGGACAGUUGCCGCCGGGGUGGAAAUCGCACAAGACCGCCGGCGAGCCCUACUUUGCCAAUUUAGCUUCACUCGAGCAGUACACGACCUGGCAAGACCCCCGCGUUCCGGAAGACUCGAAGGAGACCUUCUAUGACGGGAGAGAGAAUCCUCCCAAACACGUCUUGUCUCCCGGCGUUGUCGACGCAUAUAUCGAGGCCAAUUAUCCGAUCACCGCGGCAGACGACAACGAUAGUAAUGACGACGACGAGGAGGAGCGUCCAUUGGGCCUCGAUUAA